AUGACUGAUGAGUGUGGAUUUGUCUAUAUGGAUGAUGCGUCAAUCGAUGAUGAAUUCAAAUGUUUGAUUUGUAAUGAACCAUUUGAAAAAGCAACAUGUACGCCUUGUGAUCAUACAUUUUGUCGAUUAUGUAUCGAACAAUGGUUACGAAAGAAUACUGAUGAUAAUAAAUCAUGUCCAAUUUGUCGUCAUUCAUUAUCAAUAGAAGAUGAUUUAAAACCAGCAAGUCGUCUUAUUACAAAUCGAAUCGAUCGAUAUCUAGUCAAAUGUUUAGCAUGUGACCUUGAAAAAAUUCCACGUGGUUCAUUUUCAGAUCAUAUAUCAAAGACAUGUACCAAGACAGAUGUUUGCUGUUCGGCAUCCGAUAUAUUAUGCCCUUGGAUAGGACCAAGAUAUCAACUAAAUGAUCAUUUAAAAUUAUGUCCAUAUCAACAAAUCCGUCCUAUUUUAGAACUCAUUCAAACAAAGAAUACUCAACUUGAACAAGUAGUCACUAAUCAACAGCAACAAAUUAUCAGUAUCAACGAACGAUAUUAA